CCGCCGCUGCGCAGCAGCUGCACGCGAUCACGUCCAGUGUUUGACUGGAGCUCGUCGGUGUGACUGUGGAGCAGAACGUGUGCGGCGGUAAUGGCUGCCAGGGAGAGUGAGGAAGACAACAAAUGAACCCCUGAGAAGCGAUUCAAAGUGAGGACUAGGAUGGUAAGCAGUCAGCCGAAGUACGAGCUGAUCCAGGAGGUGGGGCGUGGCAGUUACGGCGUGGUCUAUGAAGCAGUUGUGAAGCGCACAGGAGCACGCGUGGCAGUGAAGAAGAUCCGCUGCCACUCUCCAGAGAAUGUGGAGCUGGCCUUGCGGGAGUUCUGGGCCCUGAGCAGCAUCCAGAGUCAGCACCCGAAUGUCAUCCACCUGGAGGAGUGUAUUCUGCAGCGGGAUCAGCUGGCCCAGAGGAUGAGCCAUGGUUCCAGUUCCCCGCUCUAUCUUGAGCUGGUGGAGACGUCUCUGAAGGGUGAGAUCACCUUCGACCCGUGCUGUGCCUACUACUUGUGGUUCGUCAUGGACUUCUGUGAUGGAGGCGACAUGAACGCCUACCUGCUGUCCCGUAAGCCCAGCCGCAAGACUAACACCAGCUUCAUGCUGCAGCUGGGCAGCGCCCUGGCCUUCCUGCACCGUAACCAGAUCAUACACCGUGACCUCAAACCGGACAACAUCCUCAUCUCGCAGGCCUGUACGCCAGCCGGCUCAUCUGAGCCCACCCUCAAAGUGGCCGAUUUCGGCUUAAGCAAGGUCUGCUCGACUUCUGGGCUCAACUCCGAGGAACCGGCCAGCGUUAACAAGUGCUUCCUGUCCACAGCUUGUGGGACAGACUUCUACAUGGCCCCAGAGGUCUGGGAAGGCCACUACACAGCCAAGGCAGAUAUCUUCGCCCUGGGGGUGAUUAUCUGGGCCAUGGUUGAGCGCAUCACUUUUGUUGAUGUGGAGACUCAGAAGGAGCUGCUGGGGAGCUACGUGCAGCAGGGCUCAGAGAUUGUACCCUUAGGGGAGGCCCUGUUAGAAAACCCAAAGAUGGAGCUGCUGAUCCCCGCGAGGAAAAAGAGCAUGAACAGCCACAUGAAGCAGCUGAUCAGGGAGAUGCUGUCGGCCAACCCUCAGGAACGGCCUGACGCCUUUGAACUGGAGCUCAGACUGGUCCGUAUCGCUUGCAGAGAGCUGGACUGGGACACGUGAUGGAUGAGCAAGCAGCACCACAGACUCAGCCCAUCAAGCACAUGUACACAUCUCAUUAGCUACUGUUAUCCCAGAGGAUCCCGUAAUGGGGGAUUAUUGUUUUUAACUAGGGAACAAUAACUAGAAUAGUCAUUGUUUGUAUUGUGGCUUAAACUUCAUCCACUGUCCAAGCACAUAGGGUCUUGUACUUGCUGUGUCUUUAUAUUGAAGGGGAAAGAUGUGACACCCACCACUGCUGCUGCUCCAAACUGCAGUUUAGUCUCAGGCUAAUCACAUCACAGCUUCCACUUCCUCCUUACACAAUCACUCGAGCGUGAUGGAAGAGCAAAAUGACCCCAAAAGUCCUGCAUUCAAUUAGAAGGGAAAGUCAGAGUGACAGCCAAACAGCUUGUCUCCAAAUACCAUCUUGAACUUGGUGCUAAUUGUUACUAAAUGCAAUAUGAGACAUUGUCCUGUGAUUUCUACCGCAUGCAUUUAUCCAAAGGGCCAAUAUUAAAACCCAGUCACCUCAAUGUGUGGAAUGUUUUGUGGCUUUGACAGAACCUGAUGCAAAAAAAACGUUUCAGCCUGGUCUUUACCACCAGCAUUAAUAAUUACAAUAUUUGCAUCAAGAUUUGAGUCUAUUUUGGCAUAAAUUGCUGAUAAGCCCUGAAUGCUCAGGUAUAAAAAACAUGAAGCAUGAUGGUAUUUGUAGACAAGUGUCGACUGUCAAGGUCGAUUUUGCUCUGUUGUCUUAAAGAAGGAAAAAUACCAAACAUUGGUGCUUGAAGGUAACUUUUUUUUUUUCCUCCCCUCUUAGGCCAGCUUUAUUUGCUGUGUAGUGGAGGGGAUUUUUAUCAGCACGUGUCCAGCCAGCAGGUUCUUGUGGCCGUUAUUAUCCACUCCCUGUUCACUGCAAAUUUCAAGAUAAGUCCAAUGGUCCCAGAGAAACCCCUAACCAGUUGACCAGAAUGUACAGCGAUCAAGAGCGGUAACUUAUUGACAUAGAGCCUUAAACACAAAACACUUAAUCUUACCAGCCUCACAGUCAGCAAGGCAUAGAGGCUAAAGGAUCAUUCAGGUUUAGUACAAGUUGGUUUUCAUUUUUAUCGUUGCCACUGCGUUCAUCAAAGCUCCCUCAGACAUGGACAUGUAACGUUUCUGCUUCAAAUGCUAAAGUGAAUCCAAACAAGGGUGACUUUUACAUGAAUGUGCCUUCUGGCUUUAUUUAAACCUGACGGAGUGUUACAGAAGGAGCAUCUAACACCCAAGACUAGACAAUACAGAUAGUUAGAUGCACUGUGUGAGACCCUUACAGUGUAGUAAUACUGCCUGGUUAUCCUGGUUGGCCUUGGCAUGGCAGUACUGUACAGAAAAAUGUCAUUAUAUCAUGAUGGGUGCAAGCCUCCCUAUCAAUGUUUGGGAUAGAACUCGCAAAUACUUAAAUUUUUGAUUAAUCUAUUGAUUUUUCUGUCAAUUAAGUGAUUAGUUUUUGUCGUAUAGAAUUGAUCAACAUCCUGAAAAAUAUGCAUUGCUAUCUUUUCACAGCCCAAGAUGAUAUCCUCCAACUUCUUGUCCACAUUCCGGGCAUGCUCUAUUUACAGUUGGAGUGAAGGAAAGAAACCGGAAAAUAAUUACAUUUUUAAAGCCUGGAAUCUGAGAAUUUUUACUUUUUUUUCUUAACAAUAAUACUUCAAUUAAUCCAUUAUCCAAAUAACUGACGAAUAUUUUAAUAGUUGACAGCUUAUCAGUGAAUUACUGCUGCUCUUCUACGUGUGACUGCAGUAAUUCGGACUGGUUUCAUGUUGAAAGGAACAUAACAAUGUUACUAGGUUCCAUCUAGUAUGGGUGCCCAGUAGGGUUGGACCUGAAUAUUCGGUCAUUGUGGUGGUAUCCAAAUAUUCAUUUUGAGAUCUAAACACUUGGAUAAUCUUUCCCCGAAUAAUUGGGCCCGAAUAUCCGGAGCCCAGAAAUUGCUCUUCUGAUCUUAGAUUAGCAUGGUUUAUAGUGGUAGCAGUGGCAGAUUUACCACGCUAAUGUUUGGCAUUUCAUUUCAAACAAAACACACAAAACCAGCUUUGGCUUUUUAGCAUGUAUUCUUCAGUUAUGCAGGCUACAGUGAUAGCUGUCACAGUGUGUGGUGGACAGGUUCAGUGUUCCCAGGUCUCAGCAGUUAUUUUGGUGAACACUGCGUUAUCAUAUCCAGAAGGAAAGCUAUUACUCCCAAACUAUGAAAAUGCAAGUUGUAGUAAAUCUGAAUGAUCCUAUAAUAAGAAAAUCUGAACAAGCGAGCGCACUACAGCAAAGCAUUCUGGGACUUUGUGGAGUGACUCCCCCACAUGUGGCAAACAAAUCUACUCUUCAGAGAAAUCCCCGAGUUGCUUAAAAAUCUAUUUAAUUAUGUGAAGUUGGAGCUGCUGGUAUUAUAAGAGCAGCGGCAUGAAUAUUCACACGCGAGUCCGUUCAGACCUGAAUGUGUAAAAGGGGCGAGGAAUUCAGUGAAAGCACUUUUAUUUAGUUGUUUAUAUUUAUUCCUCCUAACUACCUACUGCAUUAUAUGUUGAAGCUCUGUGAGGCUGGAUUGGGUGCGAUAACCGUGUUGGUAUUUGUUUACCAGGCUGAACACAAUGUCAGCCAGCGGUCCUUACUUAUGCAUGCAGUACCUCUCACCUUCAGGGAAGAAGUGAGAGAAGACAUCAGCACACGGCAUCCUCUACGAGCCAGAGGAACUCUGCUUUUUCUGUUUUCUUUGACACAUAAUACUGUUGUGUUUAACUUGAUCUCCUCUCACUGUGUCACUGCUCCUCGUAUCCUUUGGCUCUGGAUCUUACAGUAAUCCCUUUCUUCAUGCUUCCAACAGGCUAAUUCUAAGCCUAUUAAGUUGUUGCAGCACUUGGCAGAGGAUCAUGCUCGGGACCCCUUUUGCCUUUCAGGUCAUACAUAAUGUGUGCACUUUUACAAAUUUUUUACAAGAACCCAAUAAAAACCAAACAAUCUUGGCUGCUUCUCUGCUCUUCGACUGGCAGAAAAUCAAAUUUCGCUUGACUUGUUGCCAACACUUAUCUGCGAGAUGGCCUUUAAUUCCCCCCUGUAGCUGUAAUAGUUUGAUUUCCUGUCGUAAUGCAAUUGAGAUUUGCCUUUAUUUUUCUUUGUUGACACUAGAGUGGCCUCACUGAUAUUGCACUCAAACACAGAAUUGGCAGAAGCUGUGGUUGAGCUGCACAGCGUCUGAUGAACCCACAACGCUGUGCUGCGGUAGGACUAGCAAUACCACAAAAUCAGUAUUACGACGUCUGUCUUCACUGCAGGACUUCUCGCGCUGCUUCGGACAAUGUUGUUGCUUUCUGUACACGAGCAGCAAAGUUUGGACUCAAAGUAGGUCACCCAUAUCCUCGGAGCUCUAUGCAGAGCAGAGGAUGAUGGGUAGAGUCAUUUCCGGCCAGAGCUCUUGCUUCUACCCUUCUAGACAAAGAGGGAGAGGAGGAAGGCACUUGGCUUCCUGUGAGGUUUGAGACAUUUGCCAAACAAAUGGUAGGUUCGGAGCGUAGAGAUUUCACUCUCUGAUUUGUUGUAUUAAAUUCCUUUGCACAUGUGUAAAUACUGUAUAGGAUCAACAGGGGACAGACAAGGCUGAUGUACAUUUGACUGGAUGUGCUCUGUUUUCAAGAGCCCGAUUGUUUGACAUGUAAAUUGCUGUGAUGGCUUUAGUUUUUCUAAGCUCUCGAUUCAGCAUCAGUUUCCUUCAGUCACUGAAAAGAUGUGAUAUACCUACAGGCUAAUACAGUUGGUGUGCUAGUGAUAAUUGUAUGUUUGUCAUUGGCCUAUUGUUUGUGAUUUUGUGUGAGCAAAAGCUGGUGUACAACGUGGGUCAACUCCAGUUUGUCUGGUCGCAGAGCUGUCUGAAAAUGGAACAGUCUCCUAUGGAAUAUUUGGUCAUCAGUCUAAUUCACCACUUUACACAGCCCUGUUUCAGCACCGUCGUACGAUGUACCAGUCUCCUGGAGCUCGGACAUGUCAGUCACUGAGUUGCGCCCGAAAACCAGAUGGUUGCAAAUCCCCCCCCCC